UUUUAUUAUUAUUAUCAUUAAUACUUGUUUACAAUAAUGGAGAAUAACACGGUGGAUAUACACGAAGAUUCUGGAUUAUAUUUGCAAGAAUAUAUCUCAAGUCUGGAGAAUCUUCCGAGUGAGAUACGAUACCAUUGGGCUGAAAUCAAAAACAGAAACGAUCAGGCAAAAGCACCUGAAAAACGUAUUAAAUCGGCACAACACGAAUUAUCCAAAUUACAUCGUCAAUGGUUUGACGGCGACCCUCAAAAAAGAGAGCGUCUGAAAAAACAUGAACCUGUCUUGAUUCAGCGUAUCGAAACAGAUUAUGCAAAACUCCAGGAUCUAGCCAACGAGCGCAUCCAUCUAGCGCAAGAAGCUUUAACCCUGGUGGAAAAACACCUUCAACGACUCGACUCAGACCUUCAGAAACACGAUGCCGCACAUCCCGAAUCUGUCCCACAUAUCUUGGAAACGCGUAGCUAUACAAUACCUCAUGGCGUAUCUACUGCAACCACAACCACCAAUACAGAUUCAGAAUUAGAAGAUGAUAAUACCGUCGAAAUCAAAUUGGAGCAGCCCGAUUAUCAGACCAUGAUUGCCAACCGAAACCAAAAACGUAAAAAGAAGGAAGAACGAGAUAAAGAUGAACCACUUUACUGCUUUUGUCAACAAGUGUCCUAUGGUGAAAUGGUGGCCUGUGAUGGAGAGAACUGUCCAUUUGAAUGGUUCCAUAUGGAUUGUGUGGGCUUGGAUGAACCACCGAAAGGUGCUUGGUAUUGUGAAGAUUGCUUAAAUGAAUUGCGCAAUAAACGUAGACAUCAACCUAUCCAUAAGAAAAUGAAGCGUAAGAGGGAUUCACAAAUUUGAGACUGUGAGGCUCUCCCACACCAUGUAAAUAAACAUUGAAUACAC